AUGGAAUCACUCAACAACUUAAACGGUCAAGUUAAAGACCACACCAAGAAAGACAUUUUGGAAAAGCACCCAGACGAUGUGGUCAUUGUUGCCGCUUACAGAACCCCCAUUGGUAAAGGUUUCAAAGGUUCAUUUAGAUCAGUUGGUACUGAUUUCAUUUUGACCGAGUUUUUAAAAGAGUUUCUUGCAAAGACCAAGGUUGAUCCAAAAUUGAUCGAAGAUGUUGCUAUUGGUAAUGUGUUGAACCCAGGUAUCGGUGCUUUUGAACAUCGUAGUGCUGCUUUAGCUGCUGGUAUUCCUUACACAGCUGGUUUCGUUGCCGUCAACAGAUUUUGUUCAUCUGGAUUAAUGGCAAUCUCAGAUAUCGCAAACAAGAUUGCUGUUGGAGAAAUCGAUUGUGGACUUGCUGGUGGUGUUGAAUCGAUGUCCAAGUACUACAAAAAGACUAUUCCUCAAUUUGACCCACAUUUGGCUGACAGAGAGGAGGUAUCUUCUUGUUUGAUUCCAAUGGGUAUCACUAACGAAAAUGUUGCCAACAAGUACAACGUGUCAAGAGAAGCACAAGAUGCAUUUGCUGCCAAAUCGUACAACAAGGCAGAAAAUGCUAUUGCUACUGGUAAAUUCAAGGAAGAGAUUUUGCCAAUCAGAUCCAUCAUUCGUGAUGGCAAAUCCGAAAAGGAAAUCAUUGUUGAAACUGAUGAAGGUCCAAGGAAAGAUGUUAACCCUGCUGGUUUGGGUAAAUUGCCACCUGCUUUUGGUGGUAGCACCACUGCCGGUAAUGCCUCACAAAUCUCAGAUGGAGCUGCUGCUGUUUUGAUGAUGAAACGUUCAUUUGCCGAAAAGAAUGGAUAUCCAGUUCUCGCUAAAUACGUUGCCUGCUCCGUCUCUGGUGUCCCACCAGAAAUUAUGGGUGUUGGUCCAGCCUUUGCCAUUCCAGAAGUAUUGAACAGAACCGGCCUUAAGGUUGACGACAUUGAUAUCUUUGAAAUCAAUGAAGCUUUUGCUGGUCAAUGUUUGUACUCCAUUCAAUCUGUUGGUAUUGACGAAGACAAGGUUAACUUGAACGGUGGUGCUAUUGCAUUAGGACAUCCUUUGGGAACCACUGGUGCUAGACAAUAUGCCACCAUCUUACCAUUGAUGAAGCCAGGACAAAUUGGUGUCACUUCUAUGUGUAUUGGUACAGGUAUGGGUGCUGCAUCUGUUUUAGUUAGAGAAUAG